UUGUGACCCGGAUUCAUAACAACAGCUGGAAACGGUUGAUCGCUGUCUGUUUGAUCCAAGCUGGUGUAUUUAUGAGAUAUUUUAUUUCUAACCGGUUCUGGACUCUGACCGAAGCUGUGCUGGAGAUGAAGAAGUCAGCGCGAGGGAAUUAGGAAGCCGCUAGCUGGCGUUAGCUCCGGCGGAAGCAGGAGAAACUGUUAGCUUAUGCUAACAAGCUCUAGCUAACAGCAGAGCGGUCACGUGAUCCGCAGGAACCCGAAAACAGCACAAAUUAGACAGACGGGACCAGAGCGAUGGGGAACCAGCUGGCGGGCAUCGCCCCGUCUCAGAUCCUCUCCGUGGACAGCUACUUCUCAGAUAUCCACGACCACGAGUACGACAAAAGUCUAGGCAGCACUCGCUUCUUCAAGGUGGCGCGGGCCAAACACCGCGAGGGCCUGGUGGUGGUCAAGGUCUUCGCCAUCCAGGACCCGUCGCUGCCGCUCACCAGCUACAAGCAGGAGCUGGAGGAGCUGAAGAUCCGGCUGCACUCCUGCCAGAACUGCCUUCCUUUCCAGAAGACGUCCCUGACGGAGAAGGCCGCCAUCCUGUUCCGCCAGUACGUCCGGGACAACCUGUACGACCGCAUCAGCACGCGGCCGUUCCUCAACAACGUGGAGAAGCGCUGGAUCGCCUUCCAGAUCCUCAACGCCGUGGACCAGGCGCACAAGGCCGGCGUCCGCCACGGAGACAUCAAGACGGAGAACGUGAUGGUGAGCAGCUGGAACUGGGUGCUGCUCACAGACUUCGCCAGCUUCAAGCCCACCUACCUGCCGGAGGACAACCCCGCCGACUUCAACUACUUCUUCGACACGUCCAGGCGCAGGACGUGCUACAUCGCCCCCGAGAGGUUUGUGGACGGAAGCAUGUUCACCACGGAGAGCGACCAGAACACGCCGCUGGUGGACCUGACCAACAACAACCAGAGGAGCCGUGGAGAGCUCAGGCCGGCCAUGGACAUCUUCUCUGCAGGCUGCGUGGUCGCUGAGCUCUUCACGGAGGGCGUCCCGCUCUUCGACCUGUCCCAGCUGCUGGCCUACCGGAAGGGACACUUCCAGGCCGAGCAGGUCCUCAUGAAGAUCGAGGAUGAGAGCAUCAGGGAGCUGGAUCAGAAACAGUGGUGGAGAACAGAGGUCCAUGUGGGGGUCCUCCUCAUGGAGUUUGAGUGGGUUCCUCCAGGUUCCUCCCCUUCCUCUCCGGGACGCGGCGGUGGCGGCAGCGGCGGCGCACUAAGCUCCAGGGAGGAGCAGGGCCUGGUGGUGCUUGUGUCGGUCAUCACCUCCUGCCUGCAGACGCUGCACUCCUGUGACUCCAAGCUGGCGGCGCUGGAGCUCGUCCUGCACCUGGCUCCCCGGCUGUCCGUCGACAUCCUGCUGGACCGCAUCACGCCGUAUCUGCUGCACUUUUGCAACGACCCUGCGCCGCGCGUGCGUGCCCAGGCUGUUAGGACUCUCACCAAAGUGCUGGCGCUGGUGAAGGAGGUGCCGAGGAACGACGUGAACAUCUACCCGGAGUACAUCCUUCCGGGCAUCGCCCACCUGGCCCAGGACGACGCCACCAUCGUGAGGCUGGCGUACGCAGAGAACAUUGCUCACCUGGCAGAGAGUGCGCUGCGGUUCCUGGAACUGGUUCAGGAGAACAACGUCAACAUGGAGCAGGAUCCCAGCGGAGAAGAGACGGAGGAAAACAACCAUCCCAACGAAAACUACGACUCUGAACUCCAGGCGCUGCACGAGAUGGUGCAGCAGAAGGUGGUGACGCUGCUCAGCGACUCGGAGAACAUCGUCAAACAGACGCUGAUGGAGAACGGCAUCACGCGGCUCUGCGUGUUCUUUGGCAGGCAGAAGGCCAACGACGUCCUGCUGUCCCACAUGAUCACCUUCCUGAACGACAAGAACGACUGGCACCUCAGGGGAGCCUUCUUCGACAGCAUCGUGGGAGUGGCGGCGUACGUGGGCUGGCAGAGCUCUUCCAUCCUCAAGCCUCUGCUGCAGCAGGGACUGAGCGACACCGAGGAGUUCGUCAUCUACAAAGCUCUGAACGCCCUGACCUGCAUGUGCCAGCUGGGUCUGCUGCAGAAACCGCACAUCUACGAGUUCGUCAGCGACAUCGCUCCCUUCCUGUGUCACCCCAACCUGUGGAUCCGCUACGGCGCCGUGGGCUUCAUCACCAUGGUGGCGCAGCACCUCAACGUUGCCGACGUCUACUGCAAGCUGAUGCCGCACCUGAACCCGUUUGUCACACAGCCCAUCAUCCAGAUCGAUAAGGAGUUGGUCCUGCUGAGCGUCUUAAAGGAGCCGGUGAGCCGCUCCAUCUUCGACUACGCCCUGCGCUCUAAAGACAUCGCCAGCCUUUUCCGCCACCUGCUGCUGCGCCAGAAGAAGAGAAUCGGGUCCAUCCCAGAGUGCCCCACCCCCGACGACCCGGCCAUCGCUCAGCUGCUGAAGAAGCUGCUGUCACAGGGGAUGACGGAGGCUGAGGAGGACAAGCUUCUGGCCCUCAAAGACUUCAUGCUGAAGUCCAACAAGGCCAAAGCCAACAUGGGCGACCAGGGACACCUGGGAGAGGCGGGACAGACGGGAGUCAUCGACCUGGGGACGCUGGGCAUCACGGGCCGUCAGGUGGACUUGGUGAAACCCAAGACGGAGUCGGACGAUAAGAGAGCUCGGAGGCAGACCAAGCAGGACUCUGCCAUGAACGAGGAGUGGAAGAGCAUGUUCGGAUCGCAGGAACCGCCGUCCGCGCAGCCCCCCACGUCCGCCGACGGUCCGGUCACCCAGAUACGGAAGGCGGCGGCGGCUCCUGCGGCGGCACAGCAGCAGCAGGUGGCGGCCGGCGGCCCCGCCUACCAGCGACGCCUCAACACCUGCAGGACGGAGCUGCAGCAGCUGCUGCAGCAGAAGCGGGAGCAGUGCAGCGCCGAGCGGAUGGCCAAGCAGAUGAUGGAGAGCGCCGAGUGGGAGAGCCGGCCCCCUCCUCCAGGGUGGCAUCCCAAGGGGCUGCUGGUCGCCCACCUGCACGAACACAAAGCCGCGGUGAACAGAAUCCGGGUGUCGGACGAACAUUCCAUCUUCGCCACUGCGUCCAACGACGGGUCGGUUAAAGUGUGGGACAGUCAGAAGAUGGAGGGCAAGACCACCACUACCAGGUCCGUGUUGACCUACUCCCGUAUCGGGGGUCACGUAAAGACGCUGACAUUCUGUCAGGGCUCGCAUUAUUUAGCGGUGGCAUCGGAUAACGGAUCCAUCCAGCUGCUCGCCGUCGAAGCAAACAAACCUCCCAAGUCUCCCAAAGUGCAGCCGUUCCAGAGCCGGACUCUGGACCUCCAUGAGGACGGCUGCGCCGUGGACAUCCACCACUUCAACUCGGGCGCUCAGUCGGUUCUGGCCUACGCCACGGUGAACGGAUCCCUGGUGGGCUGGGACCUCCGCUCCAACUCCAACGCCUGGACGCUGCGUCACGACCUGCGGCUGGGCCUCAUCACGUCCUUCAGCGUGGACAUGCACCAGUGCUGGCUCUGCUUAGGUACAAGCAGCGGCACCAUGGCGUGCUGGGAUAUGCGCUUCCAGCUCCCCAUCUCCAACCACUCCCACCCGGCCCGGGCCCGAGUCCGGCGGCUGCUGAUGCACCCGCUGUACCAGUCGUCAGUGAUUGCAGCGGUCCAGGGGAACAACGAGGUGUCCAUCUGGGACAUGGAGACCGGAGAUCGGAAGUUUACCCUGUGGGCGAGCUCGGCGCCGCCGCUCUCUGAGAUGCAGCCUUCUCCUCACAGCGUUCACGGGAUCUACUGCAGUCCGGCUGACGGGAAUCCUCUGCUGCUGACGGCCGGGUCGGACAUGAGGAUCAGGUUCUGGGAUCUGGCCUAUCCAGAGAGAUCCUACAUCGUCGCAGGAGGAGCCCACGACUCGCUGCACUGUCCGUCUGUCCUCUACAGCCGCAAGAUCAUCGAGGGGACCGAAGUGGUUCAGGAGAUCCACAGCAAACAGAAGAGCGGCGCUGCAGAGGACUCUCCUCGCCGUGGCCUGGAGUCUCUUCCUGUCGGCCAUCAUGACAUUAUCACAGACAUCGCCACCUUCCAAACCACGCAGGGCUUCAUUGUCACGUCAUCUCGGGACGGCAUCGUCAAAGUGUGGAAGUGAAGACGUGGAGAAGAACUUGAACUUUACAGAUCCAAAACAUUUGUUUUCUGUCCGUUCUCCUCCCAAACUUCUGCUUUUGCAGAUCCCAAUCUGGUUCCUGAUCCAGAUUCUUAUCCAGAUCCUGAUGUGGUUCCUAAUCCUGAUCUGGUUCCUGAUCCAGAUUCUUAUCCAGAUCCUGAUCUGGUUCCUAAUCCUGAUCUGGUUCCGAUCCAGAUCUUUAUCCAGAUCCUGAUCUGGUUAAUCCAGAUCCUUAUUCAGAUCCUGAUCUGGUUCCAGUUCCCUGUAUGGUUCCUGAUCCAGAUUGUGACCCUGAUCUGGUUCCUGAUCCCGGUCCUCAUCUGGUUCCUGAUCCCUAUCUUGAUCCUGAUCCAUUUCUGAUUCUAGAUCCUGAUGGUGAUCUGGUUCCAGUUCCUGAUCCAGAUCUGGUUUCUGAUCCUGAUCUGGUUCCUGAUCCAGAUCCUGAUCUGGUUCCUAAUCCCGAUCUGGUUCCUG